GAAUAGUCGGAGCGUUUUAUUUGGUGCUCCGCUACUUACAGUGAACUCGAAGCGUUCACAAAUAUAUAUAUAUUUUUAAAUAUAAAUUUAACGUCGUAUUCUCUACCUCAGUUCAACAGCAAUGGCAGGGAAUUUCUGGCAGAGUUCACAUUACCUGCAGUGGGUGCUGGAUAAGCAGGACCUCCUGAAAGAACGUCAGAAAGACCUGAAGUUUCUCACAGAGGAGGAGUACUGGAAGCUGCAGAUAUUUUUUGCAAAUGUGAUCCAGGCUUUGGGAGAGCACCUGAAACUCCGACAGCAGGUCAUCGCUACGGCAACCGUUUACUUCAAACGCUUUUAUGCCAGGUACUCUCUGAAGAGCAUUGACCCAGUGUUGAUGGCUCCUACCUGUGUGUUUCUAGCAUCUAAAGUUGAGGAAUUCGGCGUUGUUUCAAACACCCGCCUUAUUUCUGCAGCAACGUCUGUGUUGAAAACUCGGUUCUCGUACGCCUUUCCCAAGGAGUUUCCAUACCGAAUGAACCAUAUCUUGGAGUGCGAGUUCUACCUACUGGAGCUGAUGGACUGCUGUCUGAUUGUGUACCAUCCCUACAGACCUCUGUUACAGUAUGUACAGGACAUGGGUCAGGAGGACAUGCUCCUCCCACUCGCAUGGAGGAUCGUGAACGACACGUACAGGACAGACCUGUGCCUGCUCUACCCUCCCUUCAUGAUAGCGCUGGCGUGUUUGCACGUGGCAUGUGUAGUGCAGCAGAAGGACGCCCGGCAGUGGUUCGCUGAGCUCUCUGUGGAUAUGGAUAAGAUCCUGGAGAUUAUUCGUGUAAUCCUGAAGCUGUAUGAUCAGUGGAAGAACUUCGAUGACCGGAAAGAAAUGCCUGCCGUGUUAAACAAGGUGCCUAAACCCAAGCCACCGCCCAACAGUGAGAAUGACCAGAGCACUAACGGGAAUCAGAGCAGCUCUUACAGCCAGUCCUAAAACUCCCCCUGUUGGAGCAGACAGAUACAUGGACACGUGGAGCCCAGGACACACACACACAGCACACCAUGGAACUCUACUCAAGUAUAAAUGUGUUUGUUCUAAAGACUGAGGAAUCAUAGACUCCUGUGAGAGCAGAUACGAUGCCACUGUGUGAAGCUAAUAUUUACUUACUGUAUGGAUUCACAGUGCUGGUCUCUUUGGUAUGGCUCAUACAACUUGCCCCCCCCCACCCACCCACACACACCCCUAUCCCUGUCUGUGAUGUGUGUUCAACUGUGUUGCUCUUGAUGAUCCUGACUUUUCUUGAAGAAAAAAAAAAUCCCAUCCAGCAUGUGGGGAAUGAGAGAACUUGAUCAUGUUUUGUAUUCUCGUGUGUGUGUGUGUGUGAGGGGGAGAGAGAGAGAGAGAGAGAGAGCGAGCGCACUUCUUGUUGACCAUAUCACAAUUGACAUUCCUCAGGGAAACGGCUCUACAAAAAGAUUGGCCACAGGGCUAUAUGACGGUGAUCUUAUCGGACCUUGUACUGUGUACCCGCAUCCUGUCCGGAUCCUUCUCCUUUCAUUCGUUGCGUUUAGGCGUAGGCACUGUGAACGAGAGCAUACAGGUUGUUUCCUUUAGAAGUGCUCGUUUACCAUUUUCUCUCAAAACUGCACUUGUGUAUAUGCUUUGUAAAUGUAUAUGAAAAGAAUCUUUAAGCUUAUUUAGUUUGGAAUUUAUUACAUUAUGUGCAUAUGACCCCCCCCCCCUUUUUUUUUUUUUUGAGUUCAUGUCUUUGUUAUGGCUCAACUUUAUUGCUAUAUAUUUGUUGUUUCUAAACAUCAAAUGCAUAUAAUGCACAUGUUUCUUCCUCAUUGGUAUUUUUUAUUUUUUUUCCCCUGAUCCCAUUAUUAGAUUUAUGGAGCUCACCCGCACCCCCUUUAAAAUCCUCCCCCCGGGAUCAGGGGAGAAGUCUCUCACAGAUGCCUUUGAUCUUAAGCACUGGAAGACUUGAUCAGUGCUCUUUUGGUGGGAAAAUAAUAUUCUCUCUCUCCCUCACCUAAAAUAUAACUUGUUUUUUGGAAACGUUUUGUUGGCGAGUAUUAUUACCUGUGAAUAUGUUGAACAGUCUGUCAGUGAACUGUGAGGUUUUUUUUUUUUUUUUUAUUUCAAAUUAAAAAUUUCUUUUUAAUUGUUUUAACUUCUUGGGUGUUACAGACUGAAUGCCUAUUUCAAUAAAGCUGCUGGCUGAGAAGUCAAAAUAUUAAAGUAUUUUCUUUCUAGUUUAA